AGUUGAUUUUUCUCUUUACGUGCAGGCGAUCAGUGAAAAUUGUUUUGCAGUGCAACCAUGUUUAUGCAGACGGGUGCAGUUCAAGCUGCUGGUUUUGAUGGGCAGCCCAUGACUUCACCUUCAGCAUUACCCGUCACUUGGUCUCAAGCACCGGUGGUCACUGGAGGGUCCGUCUUGGGAUUAGUGUACGACGGAGGUGUUAUGCUGCUUGCUGACAUUCUGGGAAGUUACGGAUCCCUGGCGAGGUUUCGGGAUUGCCGUAGAUUGAUGAAAGUUAAUGACGGAGUCCUUCUGGGUGCUGCUGGAGAUUAUGCCGAUUUUCAGUACCUGAAGGCCAUCCUCGAGCGGAAGAUCAUUGAAGAUCGUGCGCACGACGACAAGUUUAGUAUGAAGCCAGCAUCGGUCUUAUCGUAUCUGACGCGCAUCUUAUAUAAUCGUCGAUCGCAGUUUGACCCCUUCUGGAAUACCUUCGUGGUCGCCGGCAUACAGGACGGAAAACCCUUUUUGGGGAGUGUUGACAAGAUUGGCACAUGCUUUCAAGAUACGCAAGUUGCCACAAGUUUAGGAGCUCAUCUUGCUAUUCCUUUGCUCCGAGAUCGAGUCGAAAAAUAUCCAAAAAUGACCGAAAAGCAAGCGCGCGAGGCCUUGUUGGAUGCAUUCCGGAUACUCCUCUACAGAGAUUGCUCGGCGUUUCCGAAAUUUGAAAUCGCCAAGAUUACUGCUGAAGGAAUUGAAGUCGAAGCACCGCAAGAAGUUUCAACUAACUGGAAUCUUCAUUCGGCGGUUCAUUGAGGGUUUCUUGAUCAAGUUUUCGCACUCAUACUCUCCCACUAUGAAAUUUGAUGUCCUGUUGGCGAAAUUCAAAACUUGAACUGCA